CUUUAUAGAAAAAGAAAAAAAGGUGUCAUCAAUGGCGAUUCCGGUGAUCGAUUUUUCGAAGACGGAGGGAGAGGAGAGGAGCAAGACACUUGCUGAGAUUGCUCAUUGCUGUGAAGAGUGGGGAUUCUUUCAGUUGGUGAAUCAUGGGAUAUCUGAGGAGCUGUUGGAGAGGGUGAAGAAGGUGGCGUCGGAAUGCUACAAGGUGGAGAGAGAGGCCGGUUUCGGGGAGUCGGAGCCGGUGAAGAAGCUGAAGGAAUUGAUGGAGAAGGAGAGUUGUGAUGAGAGGAUUGAUGAUGUUGAUUGGGAAGAUGUGUUUUUGCUCACUGAUCACAAUGCUCAUCAAUGGCCUUCCAAAACUGCUGGCUUCAGGGAGACCAUGAAGGAAUACAGAAGUGAACUGAAGAAACUGGCUGUGAGAGUGAUGGAAACAAUGGAUGAAAACUUAGGCCUCCCAAAAGGGUAUAUGAAAAAAGCAUUCAGUGGCGGAAAAGAAGAAGAAGAAGAAGAAGAUGCAGCCUUUUUCGGGACGAAAGUGAGCCACUACCCACCGUGCCCGAAGCCAGAGAAGGUGGCCGGGCUGAGGGCGCACACGGACGCAGGAGGGGUGAUACUUCUAUUCCAAGAUGAUGAGGUGGAGUCCCUCCAAAUCUUGAAAGAUGGAGUGUGGUUGGACGUUCAGCCACUCAAAAACGCCAUAGUCAUCAACACCGGUGAUCAGGUGGAGGUGCUGAGCAAUGGGAGGUACAAGAGCGUCUGGCACCGCAUUCUCGCCACACCACACGGCAACAGAAGGUCCAUUGCCUCCUUCUACAAUCCCUCUACCGAGGCCACCAUCCACCCGGCCACUCAGCUGCUCGCUGAGAAGGCCGAGGCCGAGUAUCCUAGGUUCGUGUUUGGAGACUACAUGUCUGUUUAUGCUGAGCAGAAGUUUCUUCCAAAAGAACCCAGGUUCCAAGCUGUCAAAGCAGUUUAAAGUUGGUAUACUAAAUGAAUAGUAUAAGUAGUGUGAUUUUAUGUUUUUUGUGUGUUUUUAGUAAAGAAGCAGUUUGAGAAUGGGUGUGUUGUUGCCAUCUUUUUGCAUCAAAUCAUAGGAUGUAUGUUGUUCAAGUAUCAACGUUGCCACAAAUAGUGAAAAAUGGG